UCUGCGCAUGCGCAAAAAACAGCUGUCAUCCGCGCACGGAAGAAGCCCCGAAAGCAAAGCAGGGAGCGAGUGAGGGGGAGUGCGGCCGCUCCCCCGACCCUGCGGUGCCGGUAGCUUCCCCGUCCAGGGCUGAUAUUGAGCCACAAUGGCAGCUGUAGUCUCGGACAGUCCUCCAAACCCAAGCUGCAAAAUUAUGACCUUUAGGCCUUCAAUGGAUGAAUUCAGGGAGUUCAACAAAUACUUAGCGUACAUGGAAUCAAAAGGUGCUCAUCGUGCUGGACUUGCAAAGGUGAUCCCACCCAAGGAGUGGAAGCCAAGAAAACAUUAUGACGACAUUGAUGAUUUAGUGAUUCCAGCUCCAAUUCAGCAGAUGGUCACUGGUCAAUCAGGCCUUUUCACUCAAUACAACAUUCAGAAAAAGCCAAUGACUGUGAAAGAGUUCAGGCAACUGGCCAACAGUGAUAAAUACUGCACUCCAAGAUAUAUAGAUUAUGAAGAUCUGGAGCGUAAAUACUGGAAGAAUUUAACCUUUGUGGCACCGAUCUAUGGAGCAGAUAUCAAUGGGAGCAUUUAUGAUGAAGAUAUUGACGAAUGGAAUAUUGCCCAUCUCAAUACAAUAUUGGAUGUUGUGGGUGAAGACUGUGGAAUUUCUAUUGAGGGUGUAAAUACCCCCUAUCUCUAUUUUGGCAUGUGGAAAACAACAUUUGCAUGGCACACUGAAGAUAUGGAUCUCUACAGUAUUAAUUAUCUCCACUUUGGAGAACCGAAGUCAUGGUAUGCGAUCCCUCCAGAACACGGAAAACGGCUUGAAAGACUAGCUCAAGGAUUCUUCCCAAGCAGUUCUCAAGGGUGUGAUGCUUUUCUCCGCCAUAAGAUGACGCUGAUUUCUCCCUCUAUAUUGAAAAAAUAUGGAAUUCCUUUUGACAAGAUCACACAGGAGGCAGGGGAAUUUAUGAUAACCUUCCCAUAUGGAUACCAUGCGGGAUUUAACCAUGGUUUCAACUGUGCAGAAUCAACUAACUUUGCCACAAUCAGAUGGAUUGAUUAUGGAAAAGUAGCUAAAUUGUGCACCUGCAGGAAAGACAUGGUAACAAUAUCAAUGGAUAUCUUUGUGAGGAAGUUUCAACCAGACAGAUAUCAACUGUGGAAACAAGGAAAGGAUUUAUACACCAUUGAUCACACGAAACCCACGCCUGAAACAACACCUGAGGUAAAGGCCUGGUUGCAGAGAAGAAGGAAAACAAAGAAACCUCCCAAAUGCUUCCAGCAUACCAGAUCUCGAUCUAAAAAGCUUAAAACUCCAGAGGACGAGAGAGAAUCAGCUAUGAUCGCUGGUGCAGAAAUCAUAGCCACUGAAGCAGCUACAGAUGGCUUCAAGGUCAAUGAAAAGCCAGAAGAAAAAGGGAAGCUGGUAAAUUCAGAAGUGCCUUCUGGGGAAGAGAAAAACUUUAGCAGAACACAGCUGGAUCAGCAUUUAUUGGAUAAUAUUGAGGUCUCAGGGAACAUCUGUUCAAACUCAUUUUUCAGCCCUACUCCUGUAGUGCAGAAAAUAAAAACAGAAGAUGAGGACAAGGAAGAUUCCAGUAUUGCUUCCUUUACACCUAAGGAUUCUACACUCCCCAUACCUACAUCUGUUAGUUGUAUAAAUGAAGAAGACGACUCUUUAAAAUCUCAGAAUCAGUCUGUGCAGGCUGAAUCAUGCCAAAAGUCACCUGGAUGUGCUUCCUUUGAAUCAGAGAGCCUGGAAAAAGAAGAAACGAAUAGUGUGUCCACAGAGGAUGAUGUCAGCGACCUAGAAAGCACUGAAAGUAGCGAAAGUGGCUUGGAACCUGGAGAAAUACCUGCUCUAGCAGAAAUUGAAAGAAAGAAAACAUGUAAGAGUUGGCGUCAUCCACUAAGUAAACCUCCGGCCAGAUCUCCUAUGACACUGGUUAAACAGCAGGCAGUAAGUGAUGAAGAACUGCUUGAGGCUCCCUUAAUCGAAGAGGAAGUGCAAGAAACAGAGUCAUGGGCCAAACCUCUUGUCCACCUUUGGCAGAAAAGAGCACAUGAUUUCAUUGCUGAAAAAGAAUAUAAUGCAGCUGCGGCCAAAAUGGAACCCCAUUGUGCCAUUUGCACUCUCCUUAUGCCCUACUACAAGCCAGACAACCAUAAUGAAGAAAAUUAUACUUGCUGGGAAACAAAAUCAGAUGAAACAUUUACGGCUGGUGAAAAGACUAAACCACUUAUUCCAGAGAUGUGUUUUAUUUAUAGCGAAGAAAACACUGAAAACUAUCCGUCAAAUGCCUUUAUUGAAGAGGAUGGAACAAGUCUUCUAAUAUCCUGUGCAAAGUGUUGUGUACAGGUUCAUGCAAGUUGUUAUGGUGUUCCUUCUCAUGAAAUCCAUGAUGGAUGGCUGUGUUCUCGAUGCAGAAAAGGAGCCUGGACAGCUGAAUGCUGUCUCUGCAAUUUGAGAGGUGGUGCACUCAAGCAAACUACUGACAAGAAGUGGGCACAUGUGAUGUGUGCAAUCGCAAUUCCAGAAGUCAGAUUUGGUAAUGUCACAGAGAGGACGCCAGUAGACACUAGGAGAAUACCUCUGCAGAGAUUAAAAUUGAAAUGUAUCUUCUGCAGACAGAGAAUGAAGAAAUUUUCUGGUGCCUGCAUACAGUGUUCUUAUGGGCGUUGUCCAGCUUCCUUCCAUGUUACCUGUGCCCAUGCUGCAGGGGUGCUGAUGGAGCCUGAUGAUUGGCCUUAUGUUGUCUACAUCACAUGUUUCAGACACAAGAUCAAUCAAAAUGUGAGAACCAAAGCAUGUGAGAAGGCCAUCACAGUGGGGCAGACUGUCAUCACAAAACACAGGAACACACGAUAUUAUAGUUGCAGUGUGAUAGGAGUGACAUCUCAAGUCUUCUAUGAAGUCAUGUUUGAUGAUGGCUCCUUCAGUCGGGACACUUUCCCUGAAGAUAUUGUAAGCAGAGACUGCCGGAAGCUGGGUCCACCUGCAGAGGGAGAGGUGGUCCAAGUGAAGUGGCCUGAUGGAAAACUGUACGGGGCAAAAUAUCUGGGAGCAAAUGUAGCUCACAUGUAUCAGGUUGAGUUUGAAGAUGGUUCUCAGAUAGCUAUGAAGAGGGAAGAGAUCUACACAUUAGAUGAAGAGCUGCCUAAACGAGUGAAAGCCCGUUUCUCGACAGCCUCCGACAUGAGAUUUGAAGACACAUUUUAUGGAGCAGAUAUUAUCCAGGGAGAAAAGAAGAGACAGAGGGUACUGAGUUCCCGGUUUAAGAAUGAAUACGUGGAUGACCCUGGGUACCGCACCUUUUUGAAAAGCUCGUUCCAGAAGAAAUGCCAGAAGGGACUAUAAAGGAAGCAACAAAGGAAUAAACCCACACACACUACAGGGAAGUAAACAGAUUAAAUUUUGGUGGAAAACAUACAGAAUACAUCAGUGCUUGGUUUGAAGAUUAUAUCCCUUCAUUACAUUAAAUCACUGUUGGCUAAAAUAAAUACUCUGAGUUUUUCAGUGAAUUUACCAGUAAAUAUUUAAAACAAUCUCCUACAGUUAUCCAUGUUAAUUUCAAAUUGCUCCAGAUUUGGUUUUUCUUGUUAAUGUAUUAAAGGCUAUGUAUUAAUUUUGCAUCAUGGAUUGGAGGAAACAGAUUAAGAGGCACUGCAAAAUGACAUGCCAAAGAAAACUUGGAAUACGAUCCCGCUUCCAUUUAAGUCAGUGGUAAAACUUCCAUCGUCUUCUGUGAGAGAAGUAUCCACUGCUAGGAAAACCUUAAUACAUGGCAUCCAAUAAAGAGGAUAAAAAUUCUCACCACAAUGUCUGCCCCAUCAUCCUGGAAAACCAUAAAGUUUUAAUAACAAGAUAGGCUCGUGUAUUUUCCACAGCCAGGGAAGGACAUUCAAUUUUUUGUUUUAAAAUAGGAGUUUUUAUAAAACAUUUUAAAAACAAAUGCAAGCGUGUGCAGUAUUAAAACCUAUAAAUGCUGUACUUGCGUACUUUGUACAGUGCUUUUACCUUUUUAUAUCACUACUGCUAUCAGUAGGGUUUGAUGAGGACUCAGUGUGACUUAGAUAUUUUUUGGCUUCCAAGGAAGAAAUCUUCAGAAUAGCAAGGGGGGCGGGGGGCGUGUAUAUUUAAAGAGGGAGAUUUUGGCAAUUAUUUUUAAAACAUGUUUUUCAUAAUACUUAUUAAAAUAGCUAUUUGUAAAAUAAAAAUUAUUUCAUUACGUGUUUGUAAAAUUAGAGUUUAAAUAUACAUGCUUAACAGGAUAGUUUUAAACUAAUAUAAUAUGGUCUUCCUUUUUAAAUAAUAGUUGGCAAAUGUAAUAGUGUUUAAAAAUAAAUGCCCUUUUGCUUACUAAUGUUUGUGUCUGCUGAUAUGAUUACCCAUCUAUACAUCUGUGUGAAUUAAACAAAUCACUGGCAAUAUGCAUGUAAAUUCAUGAACAGAGCAGACUGUACCUACACAAGACUCAGUACUGAUGUAAUAAUUGAUUAAACACUGUA